AAGAAACACAACAUGACACUCUACUAUACUAUAGUAUUCCUGAUACUUUUACUUGAGAUUCUCUACUUCUUCCUGUUGAUGCUUCCACUGCCAACAGAAUGGAGAAAACAACUAUUUCGAUUCAUUUCACGAUCACCUAUCAUGGGCCACGUUAAAUAUACACUUAAAAUUGUGUUCGCGUUCAUCUUGGUCCUGUUUAUCGAUUCUGUCAACAGAUUGAAAACGAUCGAUGCUACGUUGCUGCAGAUGGGCAAUGAGGAAAAUGUGAAUAGCUUAGCGGGAGCUCAAGCAAUGCAUGACGCACGGACCGAUUCCAGCUACUCCGCCAGAAAGUUUUACGCACAACGAAACAUGUACUUGACAGGAUCAACCUUGUUCUUGACUCUGAUCAUUCGCCACACAUAUAACAUGACAGUGGAACUAGUAGCAUUACAGGAAGAGCGACAGCAACUUGAAGACACGGUGAGUCGUGUUCCAGAACGAGUCAACGAGAGCAGUGAGACAAAGCCAAAGAUAUCAACACCAAAAGAAAAGCCAUCCGAUAUUCUCAAAAAGAGACACGUGGAUUAA